GGAGGCAAACCUCCCCCCGGGCGUCCAGUCAGACCUUGACAAAUCGCCGGCCAACUUGUCCUGCAACGCUGAUCUCGGCGAGGGCAGCGAGGCUGCUCACGCCUUCUCGCUGGGGCGGGGCCGGGGCCGAGAGGGAGGAUGUUUGCCCGUGGGGCUGGGCGCUGGCAGCGGGCCCGGCGGCUUUCCACCUGGCCCCGGCGCGGGGCAGAGCACCUGUCACACAAGCCGGGAGCCGGCCCCUCCGCCGCGUGAUUCCUCUGCCGGCUGGGCAUGUCCCCGGGCUCCUCCGGGGCCGGGCGGUGCGAAGUUGCGCGCAGCCAGCGCGGCGGCGGCAGGAGCCGGAGGCCGCCCCGGGAGAGGCGAAGGGUGGGCGGCGCGGCGGGAGCUGAUGGCGGGCAGCAGGCUGGCGGCGAGCUCGCAGCCCCGGCGAAGCGGCGGGAGGAGGGCAGAGGGCAGCAACGCGGACUGGAUGGGCUCCCUCGCCCCCGCCCUCAGCACCUUCCCGCUGGCCCAUCUGGCCAUCCCAGGAUCACAUGAUUCUUUCAGCUACUGGGUUGAUGAGAAAUCUCCUGUGGGACCUGAUCAAGCCAUGGCAAUCAAACGUUUGGCUAAAAUUUCUUUGGUGAAAAAGCUAAUGAAAAAAUGGUCAGUGACUCAAAACCUGACCUUCAAAGAGCAGCUGGAAGGUGGGAUCCGCUACUUUGAUCUGCGCGUAUCUUCCAAACCGGGAGAAGUGGGACAGGAGAUCUACUUCAUACAUGGCUUGUUUGGCAUCAAAGUAUGGGAUGGACUGAUGGAGAUAAAUACCUUUCUCACACAGCACCCCAAAGAAGCCAUCUUCUUGGAUUUCAAUCACUUCUAUGCCAUGGAAGACCAGCACCACAUAUAUCUGAUUAACAGGAUCCGGGAAGCAUUUGGAUCAAAACUUUGCACAAUGGAAUAUGUAGAAAAUGUGACCUUGCAAUAUCUUUGGGAGAAGAGUCAGCAGGUUCUCAUUUUCUACCACUACCCUCUGUAUCAGGAAUAUCCCUUCCUGUGGCCAGGGAAUAAAAUGCCAGCACCUUGGGCAAACACAACGAACGUGCACAAGCUAUUACAGUUCUUAGAGACCACUCUUGGGGAGCGGGCUCAACAUGGAACUUUUCAUGUUUCUCAAGCUAUUCUCACACCCAGGGUCAAAACUAUUGCACGACACCUAAUCCGUGGCCUAAAAAAUACGCUUGUUCACAGGAACCUGCCUAUGAUUUUGAACUGGGUAAAGAGACAGAAGCCAGGCGUUAUGGGCGUUAACAUAAUUACAUCAGACUUUGUGGAGCUGGUUGACUUUGCUGCCACUGUUAUUGCAUUAAACGACCUCCUUUUAGAAGGGCACCGAGCUGUGACUAAAUCCUGACUGUUCUGUCACUCUAAGAUCAGCGCUCAUCCACUGAGAGGAGGAUUUGGAGUCUUUCAUCCAUGUCAACAGCUUUUCAACGUAAAUCUCAAUUUAGGUGUUUUGGAUUUUGUUUUUUAAGAAACAAAAACCUAGUUUCUGAGGAAAACGUGCUGAAAAUCAUUCACAUCAGGAUCCAUUGCUGCAUGGAUCUGACCUGAACACUAAGCAGUGUCCGAGUGCUGCUGACGCUGUUAUGCACACAUCUGCUGCAGUACAGCAAGCUGUUGUCUGCCUGGCAGUAGGAGGCCGGACACUACAGCAGAUGUAACCAAUUGGCAGCGGUGUCUCCCCCGGCAACUAGACUCCCUGUGGGUGUUCAUCCUGUGCGUCAGGCUAAGAAUUGGUGUUGAUCCUCGGGAGCAGUUCUACCAGACCAGCCAAAAACGAUCCUCCACUUUGCUACAUAACUCAGAGCUGUGCUGGUCUCAGCUACCAGUUGCUAUUGUAUCUCUUAUGCCGUACUGGAAGCUACCUCAGAGGGAAGCUUUUACACUGUGUUCAGUGGUUUAAACAGAGAUGAGCCCGAGGUGCGGAGAUUGGAUUUAAACUUACAACUCUCAGGGGCUUUUGACUCCAAAGUUUUGUUUUCAGUCUCUCUCUUAUUUUAAGGGACUUCCAUUAGAGCAGGAUGCAGAUGCACUUUACUUAAGUUUGGGGGAAAAAAAUCUGUUGAGUUUUCUUGAAAGGUUGUGGGUGGGAGGAAGCUCUGCACAAAAGGCUGCUAUGUGCACAUUAGUUACACAGCAGGCUUUGUUCAUUGUAUGUAGCUUUGAGACACAGUGUAGCAAACUGUAAAAUGGAGUUUAGUCAAAACUUUGGUGGUUUCAUUCGUGUGGACCUUACCUCCUACCUCAAUUUCAAUUCACUUGGUUUUUCAUUCCCUAGGCUUCAUUGGCGGGGGGGGGGAGGCGACCACAAAAAUUGCUAUUUUUUGUUUGGCAUCUGGUCAUUUUUCACAUCAUUUUGUGCCCAAAAACUUGAACCUACCCAAGUUUGCUCAAAAUGCACCCUAAAGUCACUGUGAGGAUUGUAGCUUACUUGAGACAUUGAGUUCCUAACCUGAGUUUCCUCUGCGAGGCAAAUUGGGAUGCAGGGAGUGGAGGGGUGGGAAUAACUGAUAGAAUUCUCCCAAGCUGCACCCACUUAUGAUGGCAGAAUAAGAUGCCGCUCACAAAUUGUGCUGAUCCUCAUUACAUGAUCAUACAUGUUUUUUUUAAUUGUUUGUUUUGAUCGGCAGCAAAAUGUUGACAAUAUUUAUUUUUAAAUUAUGUUUCAGCAUUGACACUCCACUGAUGAAUUAGGGAAAGUUAACAGAUUUGAGAGGAGACAUCUCAGGCUCUCUGUUGAGUCAGGCAGACAUCACUGGAUAAAUUCGCACUCAGCUCAUAAUGUAAAGGUUAUCUUUUGAGCCAUGAGGGCUAGAGACAUUUGAAAAUGAAGGAUUAGAUUCUAGAGCAACAGGGAAAUGUGUUGGCUCACUGGCUCAAUCUGUAAUGAAAACUUUGAACAAUUCAACUGAACAUUGAGGGCUCUGUUAGCACACUUCAUGUUAAGAGUAACUACUUUCCAUUGGCGGUAGACUAGAAACCCUAAGGUUUGGGCAUUAAGUAGCAACGGGCAAAGCUUUCAUUAUGGCCACAGUAGUACUCUACUUAUGCACAAAAACUUGCUUCUUUCAAGACAAAUCCAGACAAAUAAAACAGCUGGAGGGUUGGGUGAUUCUAUGAUGAUACAUCGCACAGUUUGUAUCUUCACAUUGUUGCAUUGUCAGGGCAUGUUAAUCUACAGCAGUGGUUCUCAACAGGGGUACAUGUACCGCUAGGGGUACACAGAGGUCUUUCAGGGGCCACAUCAACUCAUCUAGAUAUUUGUCUAGUGUUACAACUGGCUACAUAAAAAGCACUAGCAAUGUCAGUACAGACUAAAAUUUCAUACAGACAAUUUGUUUAUACUGCUCUAUAUACUAUACCCUGAAAUGUAAAUACAAUAUUUAUAUCCCAAUUGAUUUAUUUUAUAAUUAUAUGGUAAAAAUGAGAAAGCAAGCAAUUCUUCAGUAGCAGUGUGCUGUGUGACACUUUUGUAUUUUUAUGUCUGAUUUUGUAAGCAAGUAGUUUUUAAGUGAGGUGUAACUUGGGGGUAUGCAAGACAAAUCAGACUCCUGAAAGGGGUACAGUAGUCUGGAAAGCUUAAGACUCAAGCCUCUGAUCUACAGUUCAAAACAUUGUGUAAUUAUGCAACAUCAUAGCAUGAGGCGGUUACUCUUUUGCAGCAUGGAUGUCCAAAAUAAAUUCAGCACUUUGAUUAUCCCAUGAAGCUGAUGCACUCUUACAGUCUUUCCGAGAGUUGUCCUUUACCCCCAAAAUAACUGGGCAAUUGAUGGCUCAUCUGCUGUUCAGUCACCUUUCUACAAACUGCUGCUAGUGAACUAAUUAUCAGCGGGGUUAAGAAUGACUGUUAAGACUUAAGUUUAUUUUGCUUAUAAGAAAAGUGAUUGUUUUGACAAACAGUUUAGGAAAAAAUUAUCAACCUGACCAUCCCCUCACCCUCUGGCUCCCUCACCCAGUCGGAUAGUAGCUGCAGCUUUUUCCAUGCUGUUUCUCUCAUGGUGGUGGCUCUAUACUUAAUGCCCUAAACCACAUAGAGUUGGGUUCAGCUAGAGGUUUGCAAACCUUCCACAUGGGAACUUUGGUCAAGUUCUUAACAAGCUUUAAUAUGAUUUAUCUGUUUGUGUUGCAUGGUUUUAAUUAGUGCUGUUCAAAAUGUUUUUUCCAGCUAAAUCUUUCUUAUGAAAAACUGAAGGGUUGACUUUUUGUGUCUUCCCCCGCCUCCCACCAUCACCAUGUCUUUUUCCUCAUUUUCUAGUGGGAAAAAAAGUGAGAGAAGAUGGCGUAAAUAUUUUUUUUUAAAAAAAUCCACAAAUUUAAGGUUUUGUUUAGCUAAAACAAUUGCACAAAUAGUUCAAACAAAAGAAAUAUUUUGUUUCCUUCAAAUGUUUUCUAGAAAGUAUGUCUUUUGACCAGCCCUACUUUUAAUGCCAAGUCAUAUGCAGAAUGAUGGCUUCAACUGAGUUUCACUUAGAGAUUUGAAUUUUGCAGCUAGCCCAAAUUCUCUUGUAGAUCAAGUCAAAACCCCACAAUCAGAGCAAACUUUGGGGUCUAUACUUUGUGGCUUAUGCCCACUUCUAGAUAUAGAGAUUGUCUGAGCACAGAACUCAAAGCAAAACUCAUGCAGAGUGAACGCAAAUGAAACAGGAAUGAAGAAAAUAUUUGCAUGAUCACUAAAUGACUGAAUUACACAUAGGCAGGGUUUAAAUUCUCAGAGUAUUUCCCAGAGGCUCUUCUCCCCCCCUCCCCCACCCCCUCUUCCCAACUCCCAUUCCCAUCCUCACAUGCUAUAAAAACUCCAAGGGGGUUUGAAAAUACUUACCAGAGCUCUGGUCUGGACAGCUCUGGCUGAAUUUAAGCCCUGCACACAGGCAUACGUAUAACCUUGUAUUUGUGUUAGUUCUUAAUCUGCUAAUCUGUUGUACUGUAUGUAACUACCUCAAAAGAGAAUUAUCAGGCUUAGAUAGGUAAUAUUUGUAUAGAGUAUUCAAAGUAAUGGAUCUGUGUUAUUAGCCCUCCUAAUGUAUUUAUUUAAAUAGAAAAGUGGAUGGUGGGAACCAAAGGUUCUGUUUGUUUGUUUUUAAUGUAUUCAAGAAACUUUUGGAUUUAUGUGCUAUUGGCUGCUCUGUGUUGACAUACAGGGUACGAAGCACUACUGAGAGUGUAGGCAUAAGGAUGGUAGCAUGGCAAAAAGAAACUUUAAAUGGAAAAUUAUUUGAAUCCAUGGUGAUAGAAAUGUCACUAAUAUCCGGCUGAUGUUUGGCCCCAUGUGGAGGGAUUGGGUGGUCUCAGCACAGGGGAUAGGUCUUCACGUGGUAAAACCCACUAUCACAGCUGACAGUAAACCCUUGGCUGAACACUGAGACUGCCUCCCUGGAAGUGGGUUGAGGCAUGCUGGUGGGGCAGUGUGGGGGAAGCCUGCACCCCCGUUGCCUGUGUUGUGUAUGUGUUUUAGUGGAUAUAUAGCUGUCAAGUACAGGGCUGCAUCUUUUCUAAUCCUGCAUCUUUACAAAGCACUAAAAUACACUUGUAAAAAGGUAAAACAUCAGCAUGAUCACAAGAGAACUGCUGCGAAAGCUGCCACCAUGACGACGGUGUGGGUGCUCAGGGAGCAGCCGAGCGCAGAAAAGAAGCUCCACAAGGCUGUGUGUGCAUGUUUGUGCAUAAGUCUUCCAUUAACUACCUUAUUAUUUCAAUCACUUCAUGCCCUGAACUGGGUUGUGAAUGUUAAUUGCAAACAAUGGAGAGGCAGUGGCACAAAGGGACUGAAUAGUGUUUUGUGUUUGACUUAUUCUUCUGUUCAGAACUAUGUAUAAAAAGUUGCAUAGAAUGUUACUGGCAGCUGUGUGGGGUAUAAUAUUUCAAUGAAAUGCAGUUUUUAAAGAAUAAGAAUCUAUGUAACAAAACCAUCAAAAGCAAUGUACCUGUACAUAGAUAGACAUAUUAUUAUCACUGUCUUCAUGAGGUGAGACUUAAGUCAAAGUUUAUUAACUUGUUUAAGACAUAGGUCACCUCUCUCCUGGCAUUUCCUGAUGGCGCAGACCACCUCCCUAUUAAUAUGCCUGAAGCAUUGACAGCAUUUACAUAUAAGGAAAAGAAAUAUUAUGAAAGUAUAUAUUUUAGGUUCUUCUUAAGGUGGGUCCACAAGUGGAAACAAGGAGAGUUAGCGCCAUGGGAUUAACUAGCUCUUGCAGACCCACCAGUGUUCCAUGGCCCACAGUUUGGGAACAACUGCCCUAAAUCAUUCGUGGCUGUGUCACUCAGGGGUUACUCAUAAAGACAGAUGCAAUGUUAGUCACAGACAAUAGGCACCUGGGAUGUCACACCUGAGGCACUUUAUUAAUGUGUCAGAGUGUGUACAUAUUAGAGAUGGGUCUGAGUAGCAAAGCUAAAGGAUGUUUUGGAUCCAGGAUUUUGGUUUGGCCCAUAAUAGAGACUGAAUCUGGGUCUAGAUCCAAAGUUGGAUUUUCUUCCUGUCUAGUGUUGUCAUGUAUUUAUUUUCUAUACAUAUGUGUGUUACAGGUAGGGAUAGCCUAUACACGUUGUAACAAACAGGAGACGCUUUUGGAUUGUUAGUGUGUAACUAUAGGACAUAAAUACUUAGUUUGGUAAUAGACUACAAAUGAAAAUUGAUAGGAGAGUGUGUUGUGUGUGUAUUAGAAUCAGACUUGUCACCUUGCUAUACAGAAUGUAUAUUUCUAUUUAUUUUUACUGAGACUCAGGUAUCGGAAUAUGAGUUUACUCUUUCUUGUCCUAACUCAACCAAAGACUUUUACCAAGGGAUCAGUCCUCAAGGCAAAAGUUAGGACAAUUUUGAGUGGAGUUUUUAGCAGGAACAGAUGAACUGAUUUGGACAAAAUAAGAAAUAACCUAAAACUUUACCCAAAAUUUGAACUCAGUUAAAACUUGUUUGGUUGGGGGUUUUUUGGGAGGGGAAGAAGAAGAAGGAAAUUCUCAUUUCUGCCUUUUCUGGUUUGGGUGAGAAGUGAAAUACUGCACAGUAAUCUGGUUUCAGAGUAGCAGCCGUGUUAGUCUGUAUCCGCAAAAAGAAAAGGAGGACUUGCAGCAUUCAAUGAAGUGAGCUGUAGCUCACGAAAGCUUAUGCUCAAAUAAAUUUGUUAGUCUCUAAGGUGCCACAAGUCCUCCUUUUCUUUGUUCAGUAAUCUGGCAAUCUAAACCUGAAAGUGUUGGAAAUCUGAGAAACUUUUGUGCUUGUGAGAUUCCCAGCCCUAUUUUCAGACAAAUGAAAUGUGCAUAAGACUACUAAAUGCUUACACCACUUAGUCCUGCCUCCUUCCUGGCCUCCAUUUCCCCUUAUUUAAGCCCCCUCCUGUUGCAUGGUCGUUAUUUACAGAAUUUGGCUGUUGACAAGAGGGGUGUGUUAACUUCUGUCUCAAAUUAGUUAUCACUAGGGGGCAUGUAAGAGCAAUGAAAAAUGUAUUUCUCUUCAGAGACUGAGCCUGGCAUCUGUGAUGCUGUAUGAAGGGUCAAGGAAGUGGGCAGCUAUAUUCACUGAGCAACUGGGCCUGCCUGCAAAUUCUGAUUUACUUUAAAAAAAAACAAAACAGCAGAACAUGAUACAUGCUAUCACAAUUAGUCAAACAGAAAUGAAGGUUUUCCCCAUAAAUCUAGAGCAUAGUAUACAGAAUUGUGUACUUUAAUACCUUCCAGUGAUGCCCUAGGACUAUUAGCUCCCUAUUUUAGCUCCCUAUUAGCUCCCUAUUUUAACUCCCUACCACACUGAGAAAGAAGAAAUAUGGGGGGAGGGGAGGGGGAAGUACAUAUAUUUAGCUAUCCACACAUAUUCUCAUAUUUUGACAGAAAAUAUAGACCUUAGGGACCAGACCAGUAACAUAAACUUCAGAACAAUCUAGUGAAAUUGUGUACUGUAUUUUAUCCAUUGUCAUUGUGCUUCUCUUAUUUAUUGUCAGCCUUCUGAUAUAUUUCUUUGCUGUCUGCAUCUCUCUGAAAUUGAACUGCUACAUUUUCUGUCUUAUUAAAAACAAUAUAUUAUGGAACAUUCAAGUAUUGUUUGUGUCUAACAGGGAUACUUUUGGCAGAGCCUGGAUUCUGCUUGGUGUAAAAUGCAUUUUCUAGUCAUUUUUUGUAAAUAUAUUUUGUUUAAAUCUUCCAAGAAAAAAAUAAUUAUUUCAUUCUUUUCUUCUGUGAGUGUUUUAUGCAGUUUCUCUUCUCCUUCUCUUUUGGCACCAUGGACCUUACCCAUCUGCCUAAUUCAAUCGUGUGUGUUGUAAAACCAUUAAUGCCUCAUUUUAACUGAGCAAAUAAAUUUUGGGCUGACAGCUGUUUUUGGGGUUUUUUUUAAAUUUUACUCAAAAAUUAUCGUUGUUGGAUUGGAGGUUUUACCCUGAAAAUAAACUUUGGCAACUUCAUCUUGUUAAUAAUCUUA